AUGGGUUUUGAAGGGUGUUUUGUAGUGGAUUAUGUGGGCCAUAGUGGAGGUAUUGCGAUGCUAUGGAAGGUUGGUGAGGAGGCUUCUUUGUUGAGUUAUGGGCAAAAUUAUGUGGAUAUGGAGGUCUCUCUCAGUGGGCAUCCUAAAUUUCGGUUAACCGGGUUUUAUGGGGAGCCCAACCGUAGCUUGAGAGUAGAGUCUUGGAGUAAGAUUAGACAGCUUGCGCGGGUUUCUUCGCUCCCAUGGUGUUUGUUGGGAGACCUUAAUAAUGUGUUGUCUAAUAAUGAUAAGAGGGGAGGAAGACCGUAUCCUUCUUGGUUAAUUAAUGGGUUUCAGGAGACGAUUUCUGAUUGUAGUUUGAUUGACAUGGAUCUGGUUGGGCAUCGUUUACUUGGGAGAGAGGGCGUGGAACAGAUAAUUGGGUGGAGAGAUCCUCUCUGUCGUCAGAUAGUACAGGACUGGUGGGGGGUCCCAUUUUCAGAUACUUUGGCUCAGAAAAUUCGUUGUUGUAGUACAUCAUUGGCGGAAUGGGGCCGUAAUAUAACUGGGAGAUUCAAACAACGCAUUGCUCGCUUGAAAGCUAUUUUGCAAAGAACACAAGGGAGGCGUGACAUGUAUUCAUUACAGAAAUAUAAGGAGGCAGAGUCGCUACUGUUUGAGGUUCUUUCGCAACAGGAGGUCUUCUGGCGUCAAAGAUCAAAGCAAUUUUGGCUCCAAGCAGGUGAUCUUAACACUAAAUUCUUUCAUGCUUCAGCAAAUAAAAGAAGACGGAGGAAUCAGGUAGUUGCUCUUAAGGAUGAUGAUGGUGUGCUUCGUGAUUGGGAUAGCGGACUGGAUAGGGUCAUGGUCGAUUAUUUUAAACAAUUGUUUUCAACAUCUACCACAGAUUGGUGUGUAGUGACAGAGUGUAUAUCUGCAACAGUUUCUGAUGAGGUAAAUCUUGAUCUCGUGCGACCUAUUGAAUCUGAUGAAGUUAGGAAAGCCUUGUUCCAGAUGCAUCCUGACAAAUCACCGGGACCGGAUGGGUUCUCUCCUGGUUUCUACCAGAAGUUCUGGGAUAUUGUGGGUGUGGAUAUUAUUAGCAUGGUUCAGGAUUUCUUUACUACUGGCAUGUUUCCGGAUCAUCUUUCUGAAACCAACAUUGUGUUGAUUCCCAAAAAGUCAAAUCCGGAAUCGAUGGGUGACUUGAGACCUAUUGCCCUUUGUAAUGUGGUGUAUAAAGUGGUUUCAAAGGUGAUGGCGAAUCGAAUGAAGGACGUACUUAAUGUGGUGAUUUCAGAAACUCAAAGUGCUUUUGUGCCAGGGCGAUUGAUUACUGACAAUAUUAUGGUGGCUUUCGAGGUAAUGCACUAUCUGAAAAGGAAAGUGUCAGGGAAAGAUGGGUUUAUGGCUUUAAAACUUGAUAUGAGUAAAGCAUACGACAGAAUUGAAUGGGGUUUCCUAGAAGCUAUGAUGAAAAAAAUGGGUUUUGGGGACCAUUGGGUUUCGUUGGUAAUGAAAUGUGUUAGCUCGGUUGCCUAUAAGAUUGCUAUUGAGGGCCAGGAGUUGGGUCCUAUUGUUCCAACAAGAGGUCUGAGACAAGGAGACCCGCUAUCACCGUAUCUUUUUAUCAUCUGUGCUGAAGGUUUUUCUGCGUUGAUCUCUAAAUUUGUUGGAGAUGGUAGGCUCACUGGGUGCAAGGUGGCUAGGUCGGCUCCGGUGAUUUCACAUAUGUUGUUUGCUGAUGAUAGCUAUUUAUUCUGUAAAUCAUCAAUGGAGGAGGUGAUUCAUGUUGGCGAGUUACUUCAUUUUUAUCAGUUAGCUUCAGGACAACAAAUAAACUUAGCCAAAUCAUCGGUGUUUUUUAGUACAAAUACCAGGGCUGAGACUCGCCAAAAUAUUUGUUCAGAACUCAAUAUACCAGAGGCGGGCCCUCUUAGCAUGUAUCUGGGGUUGCCUAAUACUUUGGGCAGAAACAAAUCUGUGGUGUUGGGUUUUCUGAAGGACAAAAUGAGGAAAAGAAUUGCUCAGUGGGAGGGACGUUUUUUAUCUAAGGCUGGUAAGGAGAUAUUAAUUAAAACUGUUACGCAGGCACUGCCAUCUUAUGCCAUGAGUGUUUUUCUGCUCCCUCUAGGCUUAUGUAGAGAGAUGGAGAUGCUUAUGUGCAAAUAUUGGUGGCAUUCUUCUUCUAGUACUGGUCGAGGCAUUCAUUGGAGGAAAUGGGAUUCAUUGACAAUGCACAAGGUUAAGGGCGGUAUGGGAUUAAGAGAUCUUCAUGAUUUUAAUAGAUCUCUUUUGUGUAAACAGGGAUGGCGAUUACUUAUUAAUCCUAAUUCUUUAGUAAGUCGUCUGUUCCAAGCCCGUUACUUUAGAAAUGGGAACUAUUUAACUGCUGAGCUUGGGCCUAACCCAAGUUACAUUUGGAGGAGUUUAUGGGAGGUGAAGAGUUUAGUAAAGAAUGGAGCUCGGUGUCGAGUUGGAAAUGGGGAGACCAUUUUUAUUACUUCAGAUCCUUGGGUCUUUGAUAAAGAGAAUCCUUGGGUUACAUCGGUGCACCCUGGCUUAAAUGGUCAGCGAGUAUCUUCUUUAAUGCAUGUCGGGAGGCUUGAGUGGGAUGAGGAGCUGGUGCAGGACCUGUUUAAUGAUAGAGAUAUGAGGUGUAUUCUUAGCAUUCCAUUAAGUCCUAAUCGUCCUUUAGACCGCUGGUUUUGGUCUCUGGAGCCAUCUGGGUUCUUCACGGUUAAAAGCUGCUACAAAAAUUUACAGGUGCAAAAAAAUGGCGAUGGUACAGAUCUAGAUAAGCAAUUUUGGAAGGUUUUGUGGAAAGUUAGAGUUCCCCCAAAGGUAAAGGAUCUUAUUUGGAGGGCUUCUACGGGUUGUUUACCCACUAAUUUUCAGCUCCGUUCAAGACAUGUGGAGGUGGAUCCGUUCUGCCCUUUAUGCCAAACUGAGAGGGAAACAAUUAUGCAUGCGUUGGUGCGAUGUAAUCGGGUUUGGGAGUGUUGGGAGAGGCUGGGUCUGCGAUUGGUGCGUUCAGAAUCUGAGAUUUUUGCUUCCUGGUUGAGAGAUUGUAUAGCUGGGUUAACUGAUGAACAGAAAGCUAAAGUGUUCAUGUUAUGUUGGGCAGUGUGGAGGAGGAGGAAUGAUUUCGUUUGGAGGAAUUCAAGAAGCAAUACUUAUGGUGUGCUCUUUUUGGCUGAAUCUUCAUUACUUGCUUGGGGUCAUGCUCAAGAUAAGGAAAUUGCUCCAUUGCCCAAUUUUUUAUCCCCUGAAGAUGGUCGGUUGGCAUGGGUCAAACCCCCUUUUGGAGUUCUGAAAAUAAACGUUGAUGCAGCAUUUUUUUCAGAGGCAGCCACGUAUAGCUUUGCAGGUAUUGUUCGAGAUCAUGAAGGAAAUUUGGUGGAAGCAUUCUCUGUGGAGGUUGAAACGGAUAGUCUACUAGUUGUUCAAGCGCUUAGGAGUUCUAUGUCCAUGGCCUCUUACUUUGGGGUUGUUAUAGAUGAUUGUAAGGCAUUGUGGAAAGAUUUGGUUUCUGUUUCAAUUUGUUUUGUAAAACGUUCUGCAAAUGAAGCUGCAAAUGCAUUGGCAAAAGCUUCCUCUUUUAUAGCUGAACGUACUUUAUUGAAGGAGGAUAUCUCCUCUAGUGUGUUGGAUGUUAUUUUGAAAGAUAAUUGCUAA